GUAGGGCCUGCUUGGCUGCUUUGCCUCUCUCUUUGGUAACAUGGCGGGUGUUGUGCUGUUACAGGAGACUCCGGUGCUGGAGGUGGUGAACGGUGAGAACCAUGUAAACGGGGAGUUAGAGGGAGAGGAGGUGCCAUGCGGAGAGAAUGCUGCCGGAAAAAAGAAGAAGAGGAAAAAGAAGAAGAAUAAAACCGGUACGGGUAUAAAGUGGGAGGAAUAUGUUGUUGACAGGCGGUGUCAGAAACAGUUGUGUGCGGACAGCUUGUGCUUAAAACUUGCAUGCGGGCCUCCUGCUCGGGCUGCGUCAUAUUGUUCUUGCUUUGGCUGUGGCUGCGAUUCCAAGUCUGUUGAAAUCAAGAGAAAAUACAGCAAUACUGAACAAGGGUGUUUGUUUUGGUUAUGGCCAGAAAUAAUUGUAAAUACAAACCGUGGCUCUUUGCAUCUGAUUUAUGUAUUCUAUAAUCUUUUUUUUUCUUUUUCUUCAGCCAAAUCUCAAACUGAUCCACCUUCCAUUCCAAUUUGUGAUCUGUACCCAAGUGGAGUUUUUCCUAAAGGACAGGAGUGCGAGUACCCAGCAACACAAGAUGGGCGUUCUGCUGCUUGGAGAACAACACAUGAUGAAAAGAAGGCUUUGGAUCAAGCUAGUGAAGAAAUUUGGACUGAUUUUAGACAAGCUGCAGAAGCUCACAGACAAGUGAGGAAAUAUGUCAUGAGCUGGAUAAAACCUGGCAUGCCCAUGAUUGAAAUAUGUGAAAAGCUUGAGGACUGUUCCCGCAAGCUGAUUAAAGACAACGGACUGUAUGCUGGUCUUGCAUUCCCUACAGGAUGUUCUUUGAAUAACUGUGCAGCUCACUACACUCCAAAUGCUGGAGACCCAACAGUUUUGCAAUAUGACGAUGUGUGCAAAAUUGACUUUGGAACACACAUCAAUGGUCGGAUCAUUGAUUGUGCUUUUACAGUCACAUUCAAUCCAAAGUAUGAUAAGUUACUUGAAGCUGUCAAAGAUGCUACAAACACUGGGAUAAAGUGUUCAGGUAUCGAUGUGCGCCUGUGUGAUGUUGGAGAAGCAAUUCAAGAAGUUAUGGAAUCCUAUGAGGUUGAUAUUGAUGGCAAAACAUACCAAGUGAAACCAAUUCGCAAUCUGAAUGGCCAUUCCAUUGGGCCCUAUAGAAUACAUGCUGGUAAAACUGUUCCAAUUGUGAAAGGAGGAGAAGCCACCAGAAUGGAGGAAGGAGAGGUGUAUGCAAUAGAGACAUUUGGCAGUACAGGAAAGGGAGUGGUUCAUGAUGACAUGGAGUGUUCCCAUUACAUGAAGAACUUUGAUGUUGGGCAUGUGCCAAUAAGACUUCCAAGAGCUAAACACUUGCUGAAUGUUAUCAAUGAAAACUUUGGCACUCUUGCAUUCUGCCGCAGAUGGCUGGACAGGCUUGGUGAGAGUAAAUAUCUUAUGGCACUGAAGAACCUGUGUGACUUGGGUAUAGUAGAUCCGUACCCUCCUCUCUGUGACAUCAAAGGUUCAUAUACAGCACAGUUUGAGCACACUAUUUUAUUGCGCCCCACUUGCAAAGAAGUUGUGAGUAGAGGAGAUGACUAUUAAAGAUCAUCCAGAAUGCAAUGCUCUCUAAAUACUGCUUCAGUCGAAGGCUCUUGUUAAAGGGUUAUUUGGAACCUGUUUCUCUUUACAGUGGACAUAUGUAAUAUAUUCUACAUUUGGAACUGGUAAAAUAAUAAUCUGAUUAAUGGAAAAGCUUUACUAACAGUCUGGCAGGGAUAACGUUCAGACCUUUAAAAAUAAAUAAAACAAAUGUUUUGUUUAAGCUGUUAUCUUGAGUUUUGGUUCAGGGGAAUGUGUGUUGGUUGAAAUUUAAGUUUGAAAAGAGUUGCAUUUAAUGUAUGAGGCUUUUCAAGUAUUUAUAUUCACCUAUUAAAAGUUUCUUAAACUUGAUUUCAACUUUGAAUAAUAUUGCAUUUUAAUUCCCUGAAACCAUUUUGUAAAAAGAAUAAAGUUACAUUUUCAAAUCUGAAAAA